GGUAGAUGAUGCAGAUGCGUUGCCUAACUACCACUACAGGGACGAUGCUCUUCUCGUUUAUGGAGCCAUAGAGAAAUAUGUGAAGGCAGUCGUAUCUGGUAUAUACGACACACCACAGAAGAUCUUAGAUGAUUACGAACUGCACAACUGGUUACAAGAGCUAAAGACACCUUCAGAAGGCCCUGGAUUAAAUGGACUGCCUGAUACGCUCGCAACAGUUGAUGACAUCUGCAGCAUUCUGACACCGCUUAUUUUUCAAGCCAGUGUACAGCAUGCAGCUUCUAAUUUUUCCCAAUAUGAUGAAUAUGGCUUCCCACCAAACUACCCUGCAUCAUUGGGCGGUGCGCCCCCUACUGAUAAGGAACCACGAUCGGAGAAGGAUAUCAUAAAGGUACUACCCUCGAAACCGCAGACGUUGGACGUUAUGAUCGUCACCCAGAUAUUGAGUACACGAGGAACUGCGGCAUUGGGAAACUUCGAAGUUGAAUACUGCCAUGAUCCUAUUUGCUUAAGUGCCAUUGAGAGUUUCCGAAAAGACUUGGCAGUGAUUGACAAAGUAAUAAAAGAGAAAGACGAAAUCAGGGACAACAAAUAUCCAUAUCUUUGCCCAAGUGAAAUACCAAAUGCCAUAAGUAUUUAACUCUAUUUGGUUGGAACAAGAAACUAGGGCGUACAUAGAGUCCGAUGGGCAGCUUUUGUACAUCCAUUUUGUGUAAUUAUGGAACAUUUCAAUUCAAUAAAAAAUGGACUUACGUCAUUAUACGAGGGGUGAUCCAAAAG